GGCGCAUGACAGCUGAUCUGGUUUGAAAAUGUAAACAAACAUACCGAACUACGCAAUCUGCUCACGAUAUUUGCGGUAUUUCCGUAGUGUUUUGCGCAACAACAACGUUUUCUCAACUAAAGAGAAAUUUCCAGUACACCGCAGUGGACAUAAUCGGCUAAAGCAAAGGGAAAGGAAUCGACCCCCCCAUAUUUAAAGAAACUUCUGCCUAAUACUAAUACAAUGCACCGAGCGUCUUAUAGCUGGAAAUGAUGGUAAACCGUAAAUCUUUAUGUUUCUCUCCCACCAAUAACACCCUGGUCUGUAUCCAUUUCAAUUACUUUCGAGCGGCGGCGAAGCUACAACUCGAUAGAGACCGGCCGCAAUACCAUUUCCAAAGAAUACCUUUCGAAAGUAAAACAAUUAAACGGAGGAUCGAUAAACAUGAUCGAUCACGCCUACCAUAUGCCCGAUAGGUCAACUUCUUUGAACCUAGCGGAAGCAUCAGAUUCUGGCCCGAUUUUCGGCGAGCAAACAGAAGACUCGAAUUGGGUCGCGGGCGUUGAAGAGCUAGCGAGCGAUGAAGAAUGUGCCAUCGAGGUGGAUUAUUGGAAUGAUGAGGAUGUAGAAAUAUGGCAGGGAGCAUGGGACGAAGAUUUGGAAACCGAUAGCGGUCCGUUGCAUGAUGAAGUCUGGGUGGAAGAUGAUGAGAGUUCCGGUGGCGAAUGGAGUGUUAACGCGUUGAAGCGCAAUGGAGACUGGAACGAUACGGAGAGUGAAGAAUCUGAACAGGGCUAUCGUGGAGCAGGAGUUGACACCACCGAUAUGAUGGAAGAUGACUGGAACGUUGAGGUGUUAGAUACAGCCACGGAAUGGAAUGAAGAUGAUGUACAUUCUGAUGCAACGAACGAUUGGGGAGAGGAAACAAGAGCAGAAUUGACCUUAGCGGCAGCAGGUGAUCUGCAGCAGGACGAGAAUGAUUGGACAACCUUCGAUACAAGAACGUUUCUGUGCGAUCUUUGCAGCAAACAGUACCUACACAAGAGUAGCUUAACGAAGCACAUGUUUUUGGUGCACAAUAAACGGCUUAGCCAUUGCAGGAAUAGCCAUACAAGUGAUGAGGACUCGUAGAGGAUAAGCUUCAAAACAACCUCUCUUUUUUCUGUCGAAAAUCAAGAAUCUUUCCAUUGUAAGCAAUAAAAUGAAAAAACAACGUACCUGCGAAAGGUGUUUCGGAUGAUCGUAUGGCUGCAUGAGUAGCCGGUAGAGAUUUUCUCCCAUUUUCAAGUUUCAAGAAGCUAUUUUUUAUAUUUAUCUUCUUUUCCGUUCGUUGCAAAAUCUACCUGCUAAACACAAACGUUUCCUUCCCACAUCGUACACCAGAGAGAAGACGGAGAGUAUUUAUAAAAUCUAUUCCUAUUCCUGAUUCACGUGCCCUUAGAAGCUCCUAUUGCUUUGCAAGUUGUGAGUUGUGUGGUAUGUGCGUGUUUCAUCACAUUGUAACUGUGUUAGAAUAAACAAUGGAAGGAUAGAAUUACGGGGAUAAGGGGAAGCGUAGACGUAAACGAGAGUUAAAGAGGGAAAUUACGGGCUGAAAGUGAUCGUCCUUUUUUGUUCUGCUACAAUUUUGGCAACAUUCUUACACUUCCGAUUCCAAAAGGUAUGCAUUUGUCGUGGUUAUUAGUUACUAAAGCCUAGAGAGUAACGGCUGCUAAACGUACUGUGAUCACAUUACAAUACUUUCAAUCGGUUGUGCAGAAGAGGCGGUAGAAGGGUGUUGAGACGGAAUAUGGUUUACUAAGAAAAGUAGCAAUAAUUUGUUCUGCUCUGGCUUACUGUACCUCCCAUACUGUUCACUGUAAGACCUGGUUUCGACUAGUAUUACCGGUGAGGUUCCCCUGCUAUAAAUAUGCUCCAUAAUACACGCUGGACUUGGGAAGUUCUUAAGUUAGUGUGUGUCUGUGGCGUCACACGUGGUAGAGCUUCGUCCUCCACAGUACGACCACAAACACAGACGGACGCAAGUUAAUGUUAAACGCUUUAAUUCUAAACCAGCGCGUGUACACACUUAAA